GGGGAGAGGAAGAAUGGUAGGGGGAGGGAGAGAGAGGGGAAGAGUUUCCAAACUUGUCUCCAGUGACACGAGACAUUUACGCUCCGCAAGAUAAAACUGCCACUUAGAGCCCAGGAGAGUUAAACCUUCCUGGGCUGGCCUGGGGGCUCGAGCAGAGUCAUGGGCUCCCUGGCCUUAGAGCUGUGUGCUCUCUUCUGCCUAGUGGCUCACUUGGCUUCUGGAAGCCCCAUCAUGAGCCUGGAGCGGUCGCCUCUGGAAGAAGAUAUGCCCCUCUUCGAUGAUGUCUUCUCAGAGCAAGAUGGUGUUGACUUCAACACCCUGCUGCAGAGCAUGAAAAAUGAAUUUCUCAAGACAUUGAACCUGUCUGACAUCCCUAUGCAGGAUUCACCCAAGGUUGACCCGCCAGAGUACAUGUUGGAACUCUAUAACAAAUUUGCAACCGAUCGGACCUCCAUGCCAUCUGCCAACAUCAUUAGGAGUUUCAAGAAUGAAGAUCUCUUUUCCCAACCAGCCAGUUUUAAUGGGCUCCGAAAAUACCCUCUCUUCUUCAAUGUGUCCAUUCCUCACCAUGAAGAGGUCAUCAUGGCUGAACUCAGGUUGUACACCCUGGUGCAAAGAGAUCGCAUGAUGUACGAUGGAGUGGACCGGAAAAUUACCAUUUAUGAAGUACUAGAGGGCAAAGGGGACAACGAGGGUGAGAGAAACAUGCUGGUCUUGGUGUCAGGAGAGAUCUAUGGAACCAACAGUGAGUGGGAGACUUUUGAUGUCACCGAUGCCAUCAGACGUUGGCAAAAGUCAGGCUCAUCCACCCACCAGCUGGAGGUCUACAUCGAGAGCACACAGGAUGAAACAGGGGACGCUAGCAGGGGACAACUGGAAAUAGAUACCAGUGCCCAGAAUAAGCAUGACCCUUUGCUUGUCGUGUUUUCUGAUGACCAAAGCAGUGAGAAGGAGGGGAAGGAGGAACUGAGUGAAAUGAUUGCCCAUGAGCAAUUUCUGGAGUUGGACAACCUGGGCCUAGAUGGUUUUUCCAGUGGACCUGGGGAAGAGGCAUUGCUGCAGAUGAGGUCAAACAUCAUCUAUGACUCCACUGCUCGUAUCAGAAGGAAUGCCAAAGGAAACUACUGCAAGAGGACCCCACUCUACAUUGACUUUAAGGAAAUUGGCUGGGACUCUUGGAUCAUUGCCCCACCUGGAUACGAAGCCUACGAAUGCCGUGGCGUUUGCAACUACCCCCUGGCAGAGCAUCUCACACCCACAAAGCAUGCAAUUAUCCAGGCCUUGGUCCACCUCAAGAAUUCCCAGAAGGCUUCCAAAGCCUGCUGUGUGCCCACCAAGCUAGAGCCCAUCUCCAUUCUCUAUUUAGACAAAGGUGUCGUCACCUACAAGUUUAAAUAUGAAGGCAUGGCCGUCUCUGAAUGUGGCUGUAGAUAGAAGAGGAGUCCUGUGGUUUAUUUAAUAACUGUAAAUGUGUAUAUUUUGUGUUCCUAUUUAAAGAGAUUAUUUAAUAAGGGUGUACAGAUCAUAGAGGCUUGUUGCCUUAGGGAAUUUGACAGGUCGGUUUGUUGUAGGAGAUGCAUAUUUUACUAUACAAUCUAGUCCCUUCCAAUCUGUUUUUCUUUGGACUUGCCAUUUCCUUGCUGUGCCACCUCUAACAGCAAGUGGUAAGCUCACACUACUUGUCCUCUAUGUCACUUUGAAAACAACAAUCCCUAAGCAGAAAUACAGUGUUGAAAGAUAGU